AUGCCGCCGAAGUAUACAAUGUCUGACUCUGAGUCUGAAGCUGAGAGUGAGGCGCCGAGCGUUCCCUCUGACAAAGUCCUUGAGAGAGGCCUUCGCGACCAAGUGGCUGCAAUCUUCAAGUCAGGGAAUAUGGAGGAAUUGACCGUGAAGCGCGUGCGACUUGCGGCGGAAGCUACACUAGGUCUCACAGAGGGGUACUUUAAGUCUACAGGUGAUUGGAAAGCGCGGAGUGAGGCUAUAAUUAAGAGCGAGGUGGAAAUACAAGACCAGGAAAUCCAAAAUCCACAAUCGUCUCCUCUUCCAAAGUCCAAGCCUGCUGCCGUUAAGAAGCGAGCAAAACCCGAGGUCUCGCCAAAGUCUAGGAAGCGCCAGAAGACCAAGACACCGGUGUCCGAUGAGGAGGUUGAGCUAUCCCUCCCGUCGGACGAGAGUGACGAGGUUACAAAACCUAAGAGUCGAUCGAAAGCGCCAGUGAAGAAGUCGCCAGUGAAGAAGGCCUCCGUCCAGAAACCCAAGAAAGACAUGUCGGACGCUUCUGAUUUAUCUGGUAAUGAGAGUGAUGAUGAUGAUGUCACAAAGCCGAAGAAACGAUCUAAAGCGCCAGUGAAGCAAUCGCCGCUCAAGAAGGCCUCCGUACGAAAGCCCCCAACCAACGAAGCAUCAGACGCUUCCGAUGUUCCCGAUGAUACAUCAGAUGCCGCCAAACCGACCAGAGAUACCAAGGAAGAUUCCGAAAGCGAGAUGUCGGUGGUGCUUGACGAAGAGCCUCAGGCUAAGGCUCCACGCAAGCGACAGAAAAGUGCUGCGGGAACUGCGACCAAAACGAAGAAGGCUCCCAAAGCCAAGGAUGAGGAUAUCAGCCCAGAUCAGGCUGAGAUCAAACGACUGCAAGGAUGGCUCAUCAAGUGCGGGAUCCGUAAGCUGUGGGGCAAAGAACUGGCGCCGUAUGACAGCCCGAAGGCCAAAAUCAAGCACCUCAAGGGGAUGCUGGAGGAUGCUGGGAUGACUGGCCGGCCAUCCCAAGAAAAAGCAAACCAGAUCCGCGAAGAACGGGAGCUGAAAGCAGAUCUAGAGCAGAUCCAGCAAGGCGCAAAGCAAUGGGGUGCCAAGAGUGACGAGGAGAAUGAUGGGGAUUCGAAGCCUCGUCGUAGGCUAAAUCGGGGGCGACAGGCACUUGCAUUCUUAGAGAGCGAGGGCGAAGAGACUGAUUGA